CUGCAACCUCUAGCCAGAUCUAGCAAGGCACGCUCACGAAGGGCCUCUUGAAAAAUGCCGACCGCUCAAUCGGUUAUGUUAGCGAUACAUUGCAAGAAGACGGAGACUGUGGACAUCAAAACACCGCUGCUGACUUAUAUAAGGGCAACGUACUCGGACAGGGAAGCAGACGAUGCAGCGGAUGACCUGGAGAAGGUGCAGACCCUUCGUGCGGAAGUGGCGCAAGGGCAAAGCGGGGCGCAGCCGGGCGUGCGCGAUACGCUGAGCAAGUACUACCGUUAUCUAAACGCCAUUGAGACGCGCUUCCCCAUCGGCAAGGAAAAGAGCCAGGCGCAGGUGUCCUUCGCCUGGUUCGACGCGUUCCGCCCCUCCCGGCGUGUGGCCCAGAACAACAUCCACUAUGAGAAGGCCGCGCUGCUGUUUAACCUGGGCGCGCUGGCCUCACAGCAGGGCCUGCAGAGCGACCGCACCAGCGGCGAUGGCCUCACCGCCGCCUGCAAGCUGUUUCAGGAGGCGUGCGGCACGUUCCAGCUGAUGCGCGAGGUGGAGAGCGCCAAGACGGAGAGCCCGCGGCCGCUGGACAUCAGCCUGGAGUGCGGCACGCUGCUGGAGAAGCUGAUGCUCACACAGGCGCAGGAGUGUGUGUACCACAAGGCGGUGAUCGACAAGAAGAGCCCCAACGUGCUGGCGCGCCUGGCCAAGCAGGCCGGCACCAUGUACGAGGAGGUGGAGCGGCUGUUCAACGGCGCGGCGCUGGCCAACUACUUCGACAAGAGCUGGGGGCAGCACGUCAGCCUCAAGGCCAGCAUCUACCAGGUGGAGGAGCUGAUCCAGGCCAGCCGCCAGCACCGGCUGGACGACAAGGUCAACAACGAGAUCGCGGUGCUCAAGGAGGCCUUUGCGCGCCUGCAGAACACCCGCCGCAUUGCCAAGGCCAUCGGCCAGGAGAUGCUGGACAGCGUUAACAAAACGCAGGAGCUGGUCCAGGCCCUGCUGGCCAAGGCCGAGAAGGACAACAACUCCAUCUACCUGAUGAAGGUGCCCGCCUUCGCCGACCUGCCGCUCACCACCGGGGCGCUGCUGGUCAAGCCGGUUGCGCCCACCAACCUGGAGGGCACGCCCGAGCACCUGUUCAGCGGCCUGGUGCCCGACAACAGCGCCCGCGCGCUGUCCAAGUACACGGACAUGGUGGACGACCUCAUCCGCCGCCAGCUGGACCGACUGGCGGGCGCCACAGACACCGCGCGCAUCAAGCUGCGCGAGUGGGAGCUGCCCGACACGCUGCAGGCGCUUGAGACGCGCACAUCGGCGGCGCUUCCGGACGCGCUGAGCCGCGAGCUGCAGGAGAUCGAGGGCAUUGGCGGCGUGAACCACCUCAAGGGGAUCCUGGCUGAGAUCGGCGAGCUGCGGCGCGAGGUGGACGACGACCUGAUUGCGGCGCAGAACUCGCUGGACUCGGACGCGCGCGCCGACGCCGAGGCGCGCGCCAAGCACGGCGACAAGUGGCGCGCACAGCCGGCCGCCACCGCGGCCAAGCCCUACUGGGACCGCAUCCAGCAGUACCGCACCGCCAUGCAGAAGGCGGGCGACAGCGACCAGGGCGUGCUCAAGCGCCUGGCCGACAACGAGGCGGCCUUCGCGGCGCUGGGCGUGGAGGCGGCGGCGGCGCAGAUGCCGCGACUGCAGGCGCCCAUGGUGAGCACGGGCCCCGAGGACCCGGUGGCGGUGGUGGCGGGCCUGCGCCGCAACUUGGACGCGCUGCAGAGCCUGGCCAACGAGCGCGGCGGCAUGGAGGAGGCGCUCAAGGAGCUGAAGAACCGGGACAACAUCCUGCAAAAGGUCAUGGCCACCAACCCCACGAACCACGACGCGCUGUUCCGCGAGGAGAUCAAGAAGUACGACAGCCUGGUGGCGGACGUGGACAAGAACCUGGCGGCGCAGGACGCGCUGCUGGCGGCCACCGGCGGCGCCAACGCCUCCUUCCGCACCCUGUUCGACGUCACCGGCUGGCGCAGCGCCUGCGAGGCGGCGGCGGCGGGAGUGCGCGAGACGGUGCGGCAGUACCGUGAGCUGCUGGACCACUGCAGUGAGGGCCUGCGCUUCUACCUGGGCAUGAGCGAGGUGGUGCGCAAGGCCAAGCAGGAGGCCGCGGACUUUGCCUUCACUCGCCAGGUCCAGCGGGACGAGCUGAACCAGGAGGUCGACCGGCGGGCGGCGCAGGAGGACGCAGACAAGUUGGCGGCGCGCAUGGCGGCGGCAGGGCUGCGCUCUGGGGCCGCACCGCCGCCGCCGCCCGCGGCUUACCCCGCAGCACCGCCGCCGCCCGCGCACGCGCAGCACCCGCAGCAGCACAUGCAGCAGCACCCAGGCAGCUACUCGCAACCCGCGCCGCCGCCGCCGGGCCACCACGGCGCGCCGCCGCCGCCCGUAUACGCGCCGCCACCGGCGCCCGCAGCUCCGCCGCCGCCGCCCCACGGGCACUACAACUACGCUGCGCCACCACCGCCUCAGCACGGCUACGCCGCUCCGCCGCCCCAGCCGCCCUCGGGCGGGUAUGGGCAGGCGCCGCCGCCGCCCCCUAGCGGCUACGGGCAGGCUCCUUACGGGUACCCAGGGUACGGGCAGCAGGCGCCUCCGCCGCCUCCACCGCCGCAGUAUGGCGCACCUUACGGCGCACCACCGCCUCAGCAGCCGUACCCUUACGGCGCACCGCAGCAGCCGUAUUACCAGCAGUAAGCCGCUGCAACCGGUGAAAUUGGUGUGUCAGGGACUAGUGUUCAGUUCUGGGGCUUGCGGCACUCUCGAGGAAAGUGGUGCGGCUUGAGCGGACCUGGGUGGGCGGUGAAGCGGACUGCUGGAGUGCUGUACGACCUGGUGCACACUGCAUGGCGGGAAUUAUGGAUGUGCAGGGGUGCAUGGGUUUCAUAUCAGGCAGUUCAGGCUGACAAGGGAGUCUGCCCGUCAGUACAGUAGUGUGCAGACGCAGGCAUUAAGUACAUGGGGUUAGCUGAGGUAGCUGAGGGCAUGCAAGGAAAGCACAGGGUUGGGGAGGCGGGCAUUUGGGGGGGGGGGGGGUGGCCGCAAACAUCAACAUUGGCGUACCCGUAUGGGCGUUGUGCGUUGAGUUGCAAUCACAUUAGCCACUGUGUAGCGCGUUGGAAACGAAUGAAGGUCAGCGCUGCUGUAGGUGCCCGUUGCCCAGUCAACUUGGCUUGGGGCAGUCAGAAGACAGACAUAGUUGUGGUGAGUGUAGGAUGCAAUCAGCGUCACCGCUGCUGCUUGCUGGCAUGACAAGCACACGCGCAUUGUGUUUGUGGAGGUGGGGUGGCUGUUCGGAAGACGUGCAUGUAUGCGCUGCGCUACUGCUUUGUGUGUGUGUGUGGACGCAGUGGCAAGGAUGCCCGUGGCCUACACAAGGCAGUGGAGGACAGGGAAGGCGCCAAAUGGGAUGGCGGGACGAGGUUUGCAUUCCGAGCAUCAGGCACCACUAACAGUCCAUGCCUGCGGCAGCUGGCAGUGCAGUGAAUGUGACUGGCUGUAAACUGGCCCCGCGGAAAGGUGAAAAACAGCAUCAUGAUCACAUGUGUAUACGGUACAUGAUAAGAUGGACCCCCGCCCGUCAGCUUUGUGCUGCGGCGCCGCUGCACGUCCAUGUCGCCGCCGUGUUGCGCCUCCUCACGCGCGAGUAGAUUGAGGCAGCCCUGGCGGGUAGCGGCUCGGUGGCGCAGGAAGGCUUGUCGGGGCCCUUGACUAGAGCCCUCAUCGACGUUCUGCGCUGUAACAGUAACACGAC